UGCACCUCCUCCUCCUCCUCCCACAACACCUAGCACUCAACCAGCUCCUUCAAAUUUUCCACCUAGGUCAUCAUCAUCCCCACCACCGCCAAAUCAGUUGGCGCCGCCUCCGGCAUCCAUUCUUACUCCACCUGGAAACGGAUCACAGACAGAGAAUUCAGGUCCUACAGCUGGAGGAGGUGGUAAUGGAAUUGGUACCGCUGCAAUAGUGGCUAUCAGUGUAGCGGCGGGAAUUCUGCUGUUUGGGAUCAUUGGAGUUGCAAUUUGGUGCAUGAUGAAGAGGAAAAAGAAAAAGGUGCUGAGCAAUGGUGGUUACGUCAUGCCAACAACUCCUGCCUCAUCUCCUGAUUCAGAUUCCUCAUUCUAUAAGACGCAUUCUUCAGCUCCUCUUGUACAAAGCGGCUCUGGCAGUGAUGUUUUGUAUACACCAUCUGAUCCUGGUGGACUAGGCCACUCAAGGUCGUGGUUUUCGUAUGAAGAAUUAAUCAAGGCCACAAAUGGUUUCUCAACUGAAAAUCUCUUAGGCGAAGGUGGAUUUGGUUCCGUGUAUAAAGGAUACCUGCCGGAUGGGAGAGAGAUAGCGGUCAAACAGCUGAAAAUUGGUGGUGGUCAGGGAGAGAAAGAAUUCAAAGCUGAAGUCGAGAUUAUUAGUCGCAUACAUCAUCGUCAUCUGGUUUCACUGGUUGGAUAUUGUAUUCAAGAUACCAGAAGACUGCUUGUCUAUGACUAUGUCCCCAAUAAUACCCUUUAUUUUCAUCUACAUGGGGAUGGUAGGCCGGUGUUAGAGUGGGCAAACCGUGUUAAAAUUGCAGCUGGUGCAGCUCGAGGGAUAGCUUAUCUCCAUGAAGACUGUAAUCCUCGGAUUAUUCACAGGGAUAUCAAGUCAUCGAACAUUCUUUUAGAUUACAACUUCGAGGCUAAAGUUUCAGAUUUUGGGCUAGCAAAAUUAGCCCUAGAUGCAAAUACACAUAUAACCACACGAGUCAUGGGAACUUUUGGGUACGUAGCCCCUGAAUAUGCAUCCAGUGGCAAAUUGACUGAGAAGUCUGAUGUAUAUUCCUUUGGGGUUGUGCUCUUGGAGCUCAUUACUGGGCGGAAGCCAGUAGAUACAUCUCAACCCUUGGGAGAUGAGAGUUUAGUUGAAUGGGCUCGACCAUUAUUGAGUCAUGUACUUGAUAGUGGGGAGUUGGGGAUUUUGACGGAUCCAAGGCUAGAAAAGAACUAUGUUGAAAGUGAAAUUUUCUGUAUGAUAGAAGUUGCUGCAUCUUGCGUUCGGCAUUCAGCUGCAAAGAGGCCUCGCAUGGGACAGGUUGUUAGAGCUUUUGAUAGCUUAGGAGCUUCUGACCUAACGAAUGGAUUGCGAGUUGGAGAAAGCGAGGCUUUUAACUCUAUAGCACCGAUUUCUUUAGCAAGGGUAGUUCAAAUACGUGAAAGGCACUAGCUACGCGGAGGCCUGAUUUUUGGACCAAAAUAACUUAAGUCAAGUUAAGCCGAGGGAUGGCCAUGGCUGAAUAUAAUUGGAUGAAGAUGAUAGAUCAGCUAAGGUGCAUCAAUGCUUUUGGUUUUGGAAUUGGCUGCAUCAGUUUCACACCGUUGAAUCUGUGACAGAAUUUCAUCAUUCUUUUAUCAUUGUUAGCUGUUCUUUGGCAGCAAUUUUGUUCCUGUAAUUAUCUGUAAAGAAGUCGCUUUUGUACGUAUUGAUGGUAAAGAGAAUAAAUUAAUUGAUUUUGUUACAUAGAAUCAUAAAAUAGAUGUGUAGCCGCUUCGGAUGCCCAAUGUAUAUGUUCUCUUGAAUUUCUAACAAGAACGAACAUGAUGGAUCAUGAAGUUAUUGACAA